AUGAAGUUCACCACUGCUCUCUCCUUCAUCGCCCUGGCCGCCACUGCUGCUGCCACUCCUGUCGAAAUUGAGGCACGCACCGGUGGCGGCGGUGGCAAUACUCCUACUUGCGACAGCAAUCAGCAUCAGGUCUGCUGCGCAAGUGUCGUUGGCGUGUCGUGCCUCAUUGACAUCCUCGGAGGCAAUUGCAAUGGCGGUACCUAUUGCUGCAGCGCUGGAGGGGCUUCGGGUGCUUUGAUCAAUAUUAAUGCACUUAACUGCGUUAAAAUCCUCUAA